AUGCUAAUACACUCUUCAUUUUACAAGCUUGAUCUUACAUUACCAGAAGGACAUUUUAGCGUUCAGUCAUACCAAGAAAUGACUGAAACGCCAUCUAUCUCAUCUCUGACAUUUCAAAGGCUAAUCAGCGUCUUUGAUUUUCCUUACUUGCCUUUCCUUUUAAAUCAAGAUCUUUCUACUCAUAUUUGUGCACUUCUCUAUGAAUGUACAGACCAAGAAACAACACAAAAUUUAUUCUGUGGAUUUGAGCAGCUGCUACUUCAAGGACUUUACUCAGGUUCUUCAAUACGAAUGGCAGAAUUUUCCAACCCUCAAAAUCCAGAUUUUGUCUAUUUAAUUGCACAUAUGCAAGACCGCCCUGGCCUAGGGUCAUUUUUCUGUGCUGCUAAGCUGGCUAUUUUCAAAUUUACUUAUGUCGAGCUUUUCGGGGAAGGAAUGGACUCGAUAAUAAAUUACAUUAAAGCUGUAAAAAUCGUCAAAGAUGAGAUUUUUACACAAACUUUGGCCUUAAAAGAAGCUAUUGAACAGAAAAAUAAAGAAAGUAACCAAUAUGCCCAGCUGAGUGCCAGCUUAUUUACAAAAAUAAAAGCAUUAAAAGAGCAGCAUGAUAAUGCUUCAGAACAGAUAAAAAAUUUAAAUUCACAAUUAAAGAGACAACAGAGCACAGGUCAGGAUAAUAUUGAACAAGAUUUAGAAUGCUUGCUUUGUAGGAAUUCUAUGAAAAAUGUUGUGUUUUUGCCGUGUGGGCAUAUUGUUGCGUGUAAAGACUGUACUAUUAUUCAGAUGAAGCUGCAGCUGAAUACUCCAAUCGGACGUAGAGCGCAAGGUGUUGUAUGUCCGCUUUGUAAAACUAAAAUUAGAGAAGCGAGGGAAGUUUACUUCUAA